GUGCCAGGCGGGGGCCGGGACCCCGCGCUGCCCCGCCGCCCGCCGCAGGAGGAGGCGCGGCGCCCGGCCCGGCCGGCCCCCGGAGCCGCGGCGAUGGCGGCGGGGCGCGAGCGGGCGGCAGCGCUCCUGCGGCAGCUGCAGCGGGCCGCAUGUCGGUGCCCGAGCCAUUGCCACACUUACUCCCAAGUCCCUGAACGGCCUAUCCUGGGAGAUACAGACUAUGCAUUUGAGAUGGCCAUUUCGAACAUCCGAUAUGGACAAGGAGUUACUAAAGAGAUUGGCAUGGACCUGCAGAAUCUUGGUGCUAGAAAAGUUUGUUUGAUGACAGAUAAAAACCUCUCCCAACUCCCUCCUGUAAACGCAGUAUUGAAUUCCUUGGCAAAAUAUGGUAUAAACUUUCAGAUGUAUGAUAAUGUCCGGGUGGAGCCAACAGACCAAAGUUUCCUGGAUGCCAUUCAAUUUGCUAAAAAGGGGGAGUUUGAUGCCUAUGUUGCUGUUGGAGGUGGGUCUGUAAUGGACACCUGUAAAGCUGCUAACCUGUAUGCAUCCAGCCCUACAUCAGACUUCUUGGAUUAUGUCAAUGCUCCUAUUGGGAAAGGGAAGCCUGUCACUGUGCCCCUCAAGCCACUUAUUGCAGUUCCUACAACAGCUGGAACUGGAAGCGAAACCACUGGUGUUGCCAUUUUUGACUUCAAAGAACUAAAAGUAAAAACCGGCAUUGCUUCAAGAGCCAUUAAGCCAACACUGGGCAUCAUUGAUCCUUUACACACACUGUCUAUGCCUGAGCGAAUAGCUGCCAACAGUGGCUUUGAUGUGCUUUGCCAUGCUCUGGAAUCAUACACAGCUCUUCCUUACAACAUGCGCAGUCCCUGCCCUUCAAAUCCAAUCAACCGACCAGCUUACCAAGGCAGCAACCCCAUCAGUGAUGUCUGGGCUCUUCAUGCUCUGCGCAUUGUGGCUAAAUAUUUGAAAAGAGCCAUCAGAAAUCCCGAAGACCAUGAAGCAAGAGCCAAGAUGCACCUAGCAAGUGCUUUUGCUGGUAUUGGCUUUGGCAAUGCUGGUGUUCAUCUCUGCCAUGGAAUGUCUUACCCUAUUUCUGGUUUGGUGAAAACUUAUAAACCAAAGGAUUAUAAUGUGGAUCACUCCUUAGUGCCACAUGGCCUUUCUGUGGUGCUGACAUCCCCAGCAGUGUUUGCUUUCACGGCACAGAUACAUCCUGAGCGGCACUUGGAAGCUGCAGAGAUACUAGGAGCUGACAUCCGCACUGCCAGAAUCAAAGAUGCGGGGUUUAUUUUGGCAGACACACUCCGGAAAUUCCUAUUUGAUCUGAAUGUUGAUGAUGGCUUAGCUGCAAUUGGUUAUUCUAAAGCAGACAUCCCUGCAUUAGUCAAAGGCACUCUGCCUCAGGAGAGAGUGACUAAACUAUCACCACGGCCCCAAACAGAAGAAGACUUAUCUGCCCUCUUUGAGGCUUCCAUGAAGCUUUAUUAGCUCAAACAUUUUGUUCUGAAAAGUGUGCUCUAUUCUGACACAAAGGUAAUUUCUUAUAGAUACAGGGCUGAAUUUGUUUAGAGAAUGAAAGAACUUGGGUACCUUUGACUUCUGUUCCAUUGUACACUGCCAAAAGGUCAAGUAAUUAAUCUUCAACUAAAUAGUGCUUUGAAAUGAAGGCUUGACUGUGGAUUUUUCUUGCUUGGUAGUCAGCAGUAUUAAAUUGCUUAAAAGUUUCAGGAGAUUUCUUGCUUUAGUGAAAGCUUUCUUGUGCUUUAGAGGUGGUCAAAGGUGGAAAAAUGUUUUAAAGGAUAUUCCAAACCAUUUUUCAAAUUAUGUUUUUUAUUUAAAUUGUCCAUGAUUUUGUUUUAAGAAGUUAUGUUAUUUAAAAAAUAAUUGAGGUAAUUUUUAAUUAGGGAGGGGGAGUCCCCUGGAGACAAUGACACCUUAAUGUAUUCUGUUCCACUUUAUCAUCUUUUUACCAUAUAGCUUUGCUAAGAAGGCAGUUGAACUGGGGUACUUUUUUGUUGUUAGGUUAAGAAAAAACCUACACACUUCAUACAUGUUUGGAAAAGGCUUUCUGAAAGUUUGAUUUGGGUUAAAAUUUUGACAUUUAUCAUCCAAGACUUAUCUUUCCUCUUUAAGACCUAUAUGAAGCAUUCAUAGGAAGAGCAAAACCAGAGUAAAGCAUGGUCACAUGCUCGAUGGAACCACGUAACAGCAAGACAUCAUGCAUCAUGGUCAUUUUGUCUCUGUAGAGGCAACGGCUCCCUUUUCCUGCUGCAUUCUGCUGGAAGGAAGCUGCCAUCAGCUGUGUCUUGCUUCUCUGUGAAGCAAUCGCUUCUGCUGAGCUCCUGCAGGUGCUGUCACUCAGAGUGCAGCCACCAGCUUAAGGAAGUGGCAGUGUGCUGUGGUUCAGUAUUAAAAAGUGGUGGUGUAGCAUAUGGCUGCACAGUGCCCCACUGGGAGCUCUGGUUAAAUGUGGGAAUGAGUGUGCAUGUUCAGAGCAGUUAACCAGCUCGUUAACUCAGUUGACAAAGGGAAGUGGGAAAGGGAGAAAUGAAACGAAAAUUUUAAUACUAUUUUUCUUUUUUUAAAAAGUGGUCAUGGUUGUGUGUACAGCUCAUUUAAAUCAUGUUGGACCCUUUCAGCAUCUGAUUCCUGCAGCUACCUCAGCACAGUCAAAUGUGAGAACCACCCCAUAACCUCUGGUGUGCUUAUUUCUUUCUGCUUGGGAGGGAGCAUUUUUCAAUCACCCUGCUGAAGUAGAAGGCUCAAACUUACACCUUUGUGUUCUUGUGUUUGUCUAAUAAAGCUAGUGCUGUCCUAGAAUCUGAGGACAGAUGUGUACUGGAUAUUGACACUGGAUCUGGUUUAAUGCCCUUAAAAUAGGUGGAUGGGUAGUGGUUGAAGACUGGAGAUUUUGUUUUUAACCACAGAAUGCGUUUAGUGGCCGUAGGAACUGCACUGUCAGUAUGCCUCAGCCUGUGCUAGGAUACACUUUUGAUUUCCACGUCCUUCUAAAUUUUCUCUGCUGAAGAAGAACCUCUGUUACAAAGGCUGAUGUAAUAGCAAGGAGUGAGGGAUUCACUUUGUUGUAUUGUGCAAAGGCGCCAUGUUCGGAAAAAAACUUUUGUCAAACCCUUUUGUAUAAUCUUUUGGCCUGUUUCAUCUUUCCACUCCUGUCUUUUUCCAGACUGUGGUUGCAGUACAGAGUCCUGAAGAGAGAAUCUUUUUUCCAGGAGCCUAAUUCAUGGCAGCCAUGCUGUCUGGGGAGAAUAUGCUUUCUGGGGAACUCAACAGCAUGUGGGUUUCACCACUGCAGCAGAGCACUUUGUUGAGCUAGUUAGAAAGGUAGGGUAUUUCCUUCCAGCAUACCUUUUAUUUGCCAUUUAUGGCAGUUAUUAGAGCCUGCAUUUUCGACUGACAGAACCUUGCACUUAACUUCCUAUACCAGGUAACCCGAGUGCUUGCUAGAUUUUAAAUUAAGCCUCACACCUCCCUCUGAUACAGUAGGGUUUAUCUGUAUUUUAUAGAUUAGACAAAGGGUUUGAUAUAAUACCUAACCCAACAUAAGCAGAUGGUGCUGUAAGAAGGGCCGUUUCUGUUUUCCACACCCUUUUGGCAGCAUCAGGAUCUUUGACUGGCUUAAACUGGUUAUGAAAUCUCACUCACAGACGUCAGCUACACAAGUGUUCUCCCACCACCAAUUAUUAGUUACUAGUGGAAAUUUUCUGAGGAAAAAUCAAGGGAGCUCAAGUCGCCCCACAGUGCUGUCUUUCAAAUGGUGAUGGUGUGACAGGGAGUCACACCCUGGCUCCUGUGCAAUGGUAGUUUUAUUCACGACUGAAGAGUUACUGGGGUUUUUCAUGUAUUAUCUUACUAAAUUCCUCUGUACUGAGACAACCUAGUUGAUCAAAUAUAUCUGUAUCUCUGAACAUG